AUGGGGGACGAUCCUGCAAGGCUGUACCAGUUGGACGGGGUUGCUCAUAUAGCCGGAGUCAUCAACGAGGAGUGGCAGUUUAUGUUAGUUGUUUAUCGUGGUGGUAUUGUUAAUGGUAUUGUUGUUAGUGGGUUUGUGGUUUAUCCACAGCGAUGCAUCAGGAGCAUGCGGCGGCAACAAGGCAUGCCACUCGAUGAGCGUUAUGUUCCGUACUUGCAGAUGGCCGGGUUAUACCAUCUGGCUAGACUGAACGAUAGAUGGUUCCGGUUAGAUGAGCCCCUUGUCAGCGCCUUCGUCGAGAGGUGGCGUCCUGAGACGCACACCUUCCAUAUGCCCUUCAGAGAGUGCACGAUCACGCUUCAGGACGUGGCGUACCAGUUGGGGUUGGCAGUGGACGGGCGUUAUGUCAGCGGUUGCCUUACAGACUUCCAUCUGUAUAUUGAGGGUGGACGUCCAGCUUGGGUGUGGUUCGAGGAGUUGCUUAGAGUGAUUCCUCCUCCGAGCCAGGUUCAGAAGUUCGCAGUAAACUGCACCUGGUUCCAGGAGACUUUCAGAGAGUUCCCCGAGGGAACCGAUGAGGAGACUGUGUGGCGCUUUGCUCGUGCCUAUAUCAUGAUGUUGUUGGACACUCAGCUGUUUUCCGACAAGUCCGGCAACCGCAUUCAUAUCAGAUGGCUUCCCUACGUAGCUAGGCUUGAGGAGAUGGGUUCCUACAGUUGGGGGUCUGCAGCAUUGGCAUAG